AUGUCCGACCUCAGAGAUCGCGAUCGCGUCAUCUACGAUCGCAGUCCAACAGACCACGUCUACCACCGCUCCCCUUCCCCCUCUCGCCACUCCCACAUCGAGCGUCGUUCUUCCUCCCGCUACCAUGGCGACUUCACAAACGACGGUCGCCACUCCCCCGACUUCCACGCAACACCCCGUCCAACCCACCGCUAUUACCAUGACGACCCUCAACCGCGCUCCUCCCGCCGCGACCUUUCGCCAGACUAUGAACCCCGUCGCCGACCAGCCGAGCGCGACGACCACCACACCGAAGCCCCUCCGCGCCGCUUCCGCUCUCCAUCCCCUUCCCCCACGCGCGCUCCCCUACCCAGACGUCCCACCGUGCUAAGGCGGCAAUCGUCGCUGGAUACGUACGAUAGGCCGCGGUUCUACGAGAGGGAGGAAUAUCCGCCGCCCGUGCGCCGAGAGGAUAUCCAUGCUUCGUACGGCGCUAGCCCGCUUACUUCGCGGGUGAAGACGAUGCGCAUAGACGAAACGCGGAGAAGCGAGUAUCGCGACGAUGAUUUGAGCGAUCGACAUAGUCUCGUCAGCAGUGGAGCGGGGGUUGGUUUGGGGCUGGGAUACCAUUCGCCCAGCGGGCCGUCUUCCGGCCGGGAGAGGGUAAGGGAGAGGGAUGUCGUUAGGGUUAGCAGGAGGCGGAGGAGUAGGAGUCGGGAUUCGUUGACGAGCAGGACGCGUUCGAGGAGGAGCUCGUCGAGCUCGCGGUCCGGGUCGAGUAAGUCGAGUUCGAGUAGUCCGAGCAGGGCAACUUCGAAGAGCGAUGAGUAUCCGAAGAAGGGGAAGACGAAGAUUCCGGCCAAGUUGCUGUCGAAGAGGGCUUUGUAUGAUUUGAGGUAUCCUUUUAUUGAUGAGGGCAAAACGAUCGUCAUUCUCAAGGCAUUGAGUCAGGAACAAAUCGAUCAAGUCCUCCGCGUAAGCGACGAAUACAAGAAAGCCGAGCUCGAAGUAUCUUCCGCCCGCUCCUCCGCUGGCGACAUCGAAGAUCGCCGCGAAGAAACCCGCGUCCCCACCCCAGCCCCCUCCACUCCAGCGCCCGCUCCAGCUCCGGCUCCGGCUCCCACCCCCGCCCCGGCCCCGGCCCCAGGCCCCGUCAUCAUCGACGUCCACCCGCGGCCAACCACCCCCGUCGUCAUCCACCAACCCGAGGUCGAAGUCAUCAAAGAGACCGUCGUCCGCGACCACUCCCCCUCCCGAUGCAGCACCUACACCUCCACAACCACAUGUCCCUCAGCCAGCGAAUCAACCAUCACUCUACCGACGGUCUACGAGCGACGAAGGCGCCAUUCCGGCCCCCUCGUCAUCCGAAGCAGAAGCAAGUCCCGAUCGCGAUCCCGCUUGGGCCGCGAUAUCCGAUCGGAGAUUCGCGCUCUCGAGGCCGAGCUGUACGCGCGGGACCAUCACCACCACCGGCGCCAUCAUCGCCAUAGAUCGUCUUCUAUCGGCGGGGAGUUGGUGAGGGUGGAUAGGUUGGGGGAUGGCCAGGUGGUCAUGUUCGAGGAGAAGGUCGAGAGGGUUGAUGAGGGGUAUCGUGGGCCGAGGAUUGAGAAGGAUAAGAAAGGACCGCCGCCUGCUUUGGUGAGAGCCAUGCUGGCUACCAUUACUUGA